GUUUGUUGUGUCUGGAGAGUAUGCUCUCUUCUCUAUUGGCAGGCUUAACGGAGUUCUUUCGUUAAUAGCCCAUUCUCCCUCUCUCUCCUCUCUUUCUUUUUUCUCUCUCGAUCGAUACCAUCGCCCUGUCGCCCUAGGUACCGCAUUGGAGGCGCCGCUCGCUCGAUCUCUCUUUCUCUUCCUCCUCGACCGCAGGGCGCCGUGCCGCUAUGAUCUGGGCGUGAUCCCACGCCGUGCCGUGCCGCUGCAUGCAAAUCGCAAUGCGAUCUUGAUCCCUAUUUCCCGGUCGCAUCGGUAGAUCCAGUCUCACUUCAGGAGGAGUAGCGGCAGGGCGCGCAGGGAUUGGUCUUGAUCCCGGGCGGGGGAGGGGCAGGGAUCAUCACUUAUGACUGCUUGCACGAUCAAUGGCGCCUUUGUGGCGAAGGCAGUAUUCUCGUCCACCGGAGGGGAAUCCUCGGCAGGAGUAGCAGCACCGGCGAGAUCUAGAGCGCAGCAGAUCGCAUCUUCGUGCCGCUCGUCUUCUUCCUCCUCCUCGUCUUCGUCGUCCGCCACUAGCUGCUUCUUCCAUCUCCAGGGCAGCAAGAUUCUCAAGAGAUCGGGCUACUACUCGAGUGGCGAUCUGCCAUGGAGCGCCGCGAGGAGGAAGUCGGGGACGCCUGUGUGCACAAUGGCGUCCACUGUGGUAAGCAAGCAGGCCAAGGGCAGGGGGAAUUGGAACAAGAGCCUCUCCAUCCUCAAGGAGUUCCAGAGCGUGUGUAGCACCCCGGCGGAGUCGCUAUGGUCCCUGGUGGACGAGAUGAUCGCGGAGAUGGAAGCUGGGCUUGCGAAAGAAGGAGGUGGGAAGAUGAGGAUGCUCCUCACAUUUGUUGACAACCUUCCUAACGGGAAUGAAACGGGAAUUUUCUACGCUCUGGAUCUGGGAGGUACGAACUUUCGGGUGCUCCGAGUACAGCUCGGUGGCAAAGAAGGCGGUGUGAUGAGAAAGGAGAGCCGAGAAGCAGCUAUUCCGCCAGAACUCAUGCAAGGAACCAACAGGGAAUUGUUUGACUACAUCGCCAAAGAACUGGCAGAUUUCGCUUGCACUUCGGAUGAAAACUUUUGCCCACGGGGUACGAGGCUGCAGCUUGGCUUCACAUUUUCUUUUCCGAUUCAUCAAACUUCCAUCAAGUCUGGAAAUCUUAUCAACUGGACUAAAGGCUUUGCGGUUCCUGACACGGUUGGUAAAGAUGUUGUUAAGGAGCUGGAGGCUGCGAUUACUCGCCAGGGACUCGAAAUGCGCGUCUCGGCUCUGGUGAACGAUACAGUAGGAACGUUAGCUCGCGGUCAUUUUGUGGACGAAGACGUUAUGAUCUCGGUUAUCCUUGGGACUGGGACGAACGCCUGUUAUGUAGAAGAUGCAGGAGCAAUUCCCAAGUGGCACGGUCGUUCACGGUUCAUGGUAAUCAACACCGAAUGGGGUAGUUCUUGGUCGGACAAUCUUCCAAGAGCGGAUGUAGACGAGGCGCUUGACGCUGAAAGCAUAAAUCCAGGUGACCAGUUUUUUGAGAAGAUGGUGUCGGGAAUGUACUUGGGAGAUAUCUUGAGAAGAGUACUGCUGAAAAUGGCGACUGAGGCUCAGCUUUUUGGAGACGAGGUUCCCAGCAAGCUUUUAUCCCCUCUUAGCUUGACGACACCGAAGAUGUGUGCUAUGCAUCACGAUGAGACCUCUGAUUUGCACGAAGUUGGGAGAAUACUCUCGGAAUCUAUCGGGGUGGACGACACUUCUCUGGAAGUCCGGCAGCUAGUAGUCGAAGUUUGCGAGGCCGUGGCCAUGAGAGCGGCUCGGCUAGCGGGCGCUGGGAUCGUGGGCAUUCUAAAGAAGAUUGGGCGAGACGGCAGUACUAGCGGCGAGAAUGGGAGCGUGAGAAGCGGAGCUCCAAGAACUGUGGUGGCUGUGGACGGUGGUCUGUACGAGAAGUAUCCGCGGUUCCAGGAGCACCUCCAAAAGGUGGUGGUGGAAAUGCUGGGCGAGGAGACGGCACAGCAGGUCUCGAUUGAGCUGUCUCAAGAUGGAUCCGGCGUUGGAGCUGCGCUCAUCGCUGCGUGCUGCCCGUCAGCUCCCUCUGUGUGAGAAGUUCCAAAGCUAUAUGAUAAAAGGUGGGACACCAGGAAUAAGCUAUGGUGAUUUUUACAAUAAUAAGAGAGAUCCGAAGGAUAUGGCGGCACGUCCAUGGUUUUCUGGGAUGUUUGUCAAGAAGAAAAUUGGAGAAAUAAAGGUAUAAUCA